GAACAAUGGCUGGAAGUUGGUGUUUGGCUCAGAUUUUGGUGGUCUGUGCUUUCUGUCAUGCUGUUCCACAGUGGAGUAAAUCGCUUCAGGAUGCUCAAGCUCUGAUGAUCCAGCAAACUGACCAGCAGUUUCAGCUCCAGAAGCCAGUUCAACAGCUAACUAACCAGCAGUUUCCGCCUCGGAAACCAGUUCAACAGCUAACUAACCAGCAAUUUCCGCUCCAAAAGCCUGUUCCACAACUACCUACACCGCAGUUUCCGCUUCAGAAGCCAGUUCCACAACAACCUAAGCCGCAGUUUCCGCUUCAGAAGCCAGUUCCACAACAACCUAAGCUGCAGUUUCCGCUUCAGAAGCCAGUUCCACAACAACCUAACCCGCAGUUUCCGCUUCAGAAGCCAGUUCCACAACAACCUAAGCCGCAGUUUCCGAUUCAGAAGCCAGUUAAACAGCAGUUUCAGAAGCCAGUAGUGCAGGCAGAGCCCCUUGAUAAAUGUGCUGUAGCUGAUUCUGAGCAGAUCCAAUGUGGUCUACCUGGGAUCAGUGGUGCUGAGUGUGAAGCUAUCAACUGCUGCUUUAACGGACAGCAGUGUUUCUAUGGGAGGGCAGUGACUGUCCAGUGUAUUCGAGAUGGUCAGUUUGUGGUAGUGGUGUCUCGAGACGUUACCUUGCCUCGACUGAGUCUGGAUUCGGUUCAUCUACUGGGUGGAAACGACCCACCUUGUGCUCCUGUGGGGUCUACACCUUCCUUUGCUAUAUACCAGUUCCCUGUGACCGCAUGUGGCACGAGCGUGAUGGAGGACGGUGGAUAUGUGGUGUAUGAAAACAGAAUGACCUCAUCGUAUGAAGUGGGGAUUGGACCAUAUGGUUCCAUCACAAGGGACAGUCAUUUUGAGUUUCUCUUCCAGUGUAGAUAUUCGGGAACUUCCGUGGAAGCUCUGGUUGUGGAGGUCAACUCUGUUCCUCCACCUCCACCAGUAGCUGCUCCUGGACCUCUCAGGGUGGAGCUCAGACUGGCCAACGGCCAAUGUGUCACCAAAGGCUGUGCUGAAGGGGAUGAGGCCUACACGUCCUACUACAGUGACGCUGAUUAUCCCAUCACAAAAGUCCUGCGAGAGCCUGUGUAUGUUGAGGUGCACAUUAUGGAGAGGACUGACCCCAACAUUGUCCUGAUGCUGGGACGUUGUUGGACUACUUCAACCCCCAGUCCACUCAGUCUCCCCCAGUGGGACCUUCUGAUCGACGGGUGC